UUAUUUUCUUAAAAUUAGAAAAUGCGAUUAAUUUUGUAAAUAUUUUUGAACUCAUGAGAUUUGGCUGUAAGAUGUUCAUCUUGGCUUCUUGUUAUCUCGUUUCCCUAAAGUCGCUACCAUGGCAGUAUAAAAUACAUUUCGCUUGCUUGUAGUGUUGAGGGGGAAAAAAAAAACGUUUGUGGGCACGCGCAAAACGGAUGGAUACAGCUUCCCUGUCAGAGAGAGAAACGGUUGUCGUACAAGGGUCAUGUCUAGAUACGGACGGUACGGAGAGACUAAGGUUUACGUGGGUAACCUUGGGACAGGUGCUGGGAAAGGAGAACUAGAGCGGGCGUUUGGUUAUUAUGGACCGUUGAGAACGGUGUGGAUUGCUAGGAAUCCUCCAGGGUUUGCCUUUGUGGAGUUUGAAGACCCCCGAGACGCAGAGGAUGCUGUCCGAGGACUGGAUGGCAAGGUAAUUUGUGGCUCUCGCGUUCGAGUUGAGUUGUCUACCGGAAUGCCCAGGCGGUCCCGCUACGACCGGCCCCCCACCCGCCGGCCCUUCGAUCCCAACGACAGGUGCUACGAGUGCGGUGAGAAGGGGCACUAUGCCUACGACUGCCACCGCUACAGUAGGCGACGGAGGAGCAGGUCCCGCUCUAGAUCGCAUUCCCGUUCCCGGGGGAGACGCUAUUCCCGCUCGCGCAGCCGGAGCCGCAGCCGCAGGUCCAGAUCCUUUUCUCCUCGCCGGUCUCGCUCCAAUUCCCCGAGGCGGUCGAGGUCCGUGACUCCCAAGCGGACCAGGUCUAAGUCCAGGUCUAGGUCCAGGUCCCGGUCAGUUUCCCGCCCAAGGAGCAGUCUCUUUAUGAAUACAGACCCUGAGGUAGCUCCAGGUGUUCUGCCUGACAGACUAAAAGCCUUCACGGAUGCGGGUCUAGGGUCUGGCUCUGUCGGCCGAUCCAAGUCUGGCUCUCCAGCGCGGAGCCGGUCAAAAUCUAGAUCGUCACCUCAAAAACGAAGCCGUUCCCCAUCAGGAAGUCCGCGUAGGAGUGACAGCCCAGAGAGAAAUGACUAAGUCUUUUUUUUUUUUGUUGUUUUUUUUUUUUGUUGUUUUUUUGAAACACCUUUUUAGAAAUGAAGUUUUGUGUUUACACACCUGUACGAGAUUCUCUGUCUCCAUAUCUGAGAUUCUGUUUUCGAGUGUCGGCUUGUGUUCAUAUUUCUCAGUUCAUAAUUCUGUGUUUUUUGGGGGUUUUGAUUCCUCUCCCUGUCAUUCAAAAAAAUAAUAAUAAAAUUAAUAAUUGAAAUAGGAACAAAAAGGAACCCAGUUAAGAGAUUUUUUUUGUUAGGUAUUGCAGUCGUCAUUUAUACAGGAGAUUUGUUGUUUUUUGUGGUGCUGUAGAAAUCAUAUGCGGACGGAGAGGUUGUUUUGUAUGGGCACAUUAAAUUAAAUUUUCACUUGUAGCUAAA